GUUCUCUCCAUGCAAAAGCCCCAUGAAGCUUCUAACACGGACCAUUGUUGGACGCCGGUGCAAUUGCACGGCAGCAUACGUAUUUACACUGCCCUUACGCUUAGUUCUUUGCGUUGCAAUAGGUGCAGGCCCGGUUUGGGUCGUGGAAGGAGCACAUUGAUCACCGACUGGGCGCAAAUGGGCUCGCAUUUGAGGCCGUGCGCAAGCGGUCUGCGGCCAGGGCCGCAGUGCCAACUGCGGCGCAGCGCUACUCGUAGUGGAUUCUCGUGCCGCGCCGCGGGCGUCAGCUACGCCACACGCCCGUCAUCCGGGCCGGGCCGCCGCGGCUGGGUUGUAACGCCCGCAGCGGUCUCCACCACCACCACCACUACCACCACCACCACCACCGCCACCGCCAGUACGGCGGCGGCUGUGCAGCAGGAUGGCGGCUCGGCAGCCGACGCGUGGGCUGGUGUGGACGGGCAAAGCACGGUGGCGGCGGCGGCGGACGGCAGCGCCGAUGCGCCUUUCAUUUGGACCCGGCACUGGUGGCCGCUGAUGCCGGAGUCGUACCUGCGGGCGGACCGGCCCACGCCCGUGACGCUGCUGGGGGUGCCGCUGGUGGUGUGGCGGGACGGCGCCUGCGGCUGGCGCGUGUUCAAGGACCAGUGCCCGCACCGCAUGGCGCCGCUGUCGGAGGGCCGCGUGGAGUCUGACGGCAGCCUGUCGUGCUCCUACCAUGGCUGGCGCUUCCAGGGCUCGGGCGCCUGCAGCCGUAUCCCGCAGGCGCUGGACGCCGCCGCGGAAGCUGCAGCCUGCAGCAGCCGCAGGUCCUGCGCCACAGCCUUCCCCUGCAAGGUUGAGGCGGGCAUGUUGUGGGUGUGGCCGGACGAGUCGCCCGACGCCAGCGCUGCGGCCGCCAGCACGGCGCCCCUCAUCACACACAACUUGCGGACCCGCGGCGCCGACAUCGACGCCCAGUGGCGCGAGUGGCAGGCGGCGCAGGAGGGCGCCAGCAGCACCAGCAGCACUACCAGCACAAGCAGCGGCAGCAACGCAAGCAGCGGCAGCAGCGGCGGUGCAGGCGCGCCGGCGGCUGCGGCGGCUGCGGCUGCGGCGCCCAAGAAGGGUUCCAAGCCGCCUCGGCGUGUGGACUGGUUCAUGCGGGAGCUGCCGUACAGUUACGAAGUGCUGCUGGAGAACCUGCUGGACCCUGCCCACCUGCCGUUUAGCCACCACGGCCUGAACCCGUUCCUGAACAGAUCUGCAGGUGGCCCCAUGCCCAUGCGGCCGCCCACAUCCGCGGACGCGGCCGGUGCCGACGCCUCCGUCUCCUCUUCCCCAGCCUCUACCAUCACCACCACCACCACCACGACCGCCACCUCCACCACCACCUCCUCCGCCUCCUCGCCUAGCACCAGCGGCGCCAGCGGCAGCGGUGCGGGCGCGGCUGCGACCUCGGUGCCGCGGCACUGGGCUCGCGAGGGCGGCCCCGACAGCGAGUUCGACUUCGUGGGGAACAUCUCGCGCGACGGCAGCAUCAGCCUCACCGCGCCGCACCUGAUCACCUACACCUACCGCACGGGAGCCGGGAGCGACAUGCUGAUCGAGCUGUUCGCCACCCCAGUCGCCCCGGGUCGCAGCCGCUUCUUCACGCCCGCCGUGCCGCCGCCGCCGGGCGCCAAGCGGCCGCCCAUGCCGCCGCUGAAGCAGCUCAACCUGAAGCGAAUUGCCUCAAUUGCUAGCUUCAUCCUGGACCCGGUGGUCACCUACCACCGCACCAUGAACACGCUGCUGGACGGCGACAGCGUGUUCCUACACGUGCAGGACGAGCUGCUGCGGCGCAUCGAGGCUGAGGCGGACAGCAGCACCCCCGCCGCGCCCGCCGCUGCUACAGCCUCGGCUUCGCCUGCAGACGGCAGUAGCAGCAACAGCAACAGCGACAGCAACAGCAGCAGCAACAGCGGCGGCGGCAGCCUGUGGUCGCGCGUGUACUACCUCCCCACGCAGGCCGACACCGCAAUGCUGUCGGGGCGGCGCUGGCUGGAGCAGCGCGCCGGCGGCGGCCCCUUCCGCGCGCGGCAGCGGCAGCUGCUUGCGCCCUCCUCCACCUCGUCCUCGGUGACGACGGCGGCGGAGGCGCCGCUGCCGCUCAUCUCCAUGGCGGGACCCGUGGUUCCUGGCGCGGCGCCCACGCCCGACGCCCGCAAGGCCAUGCUGCUGAACCGCUACGAGCAGCACACCCGCCACUGCCCCACCUGCCGCGGCCGACUGGAGAAGCUGCAGCAGCUGGCGGCGGCAGCCCGCUCCGCACAGAGCCUGCUGCAGGUCGCCCUGUGCGUGGCCGGCGGCGCGCUGGGAGCCGCCGCCGCCACCUCGGCUGCUGCUGCCACGGCGGCGGUGGGUGGGGUGGUGGGGCCGGCGGCGCUGGCGCUGGCACUGGUGGCGGCGGCGUGGUGGGCCGGGGGCUGGCUGGCGGCGGCGGCUGACCGCUGGGCUCAAGAGUUUGUGUUUGUGGACUACGUCCACGCGGAUCACGACUAGUUGCGAGCUCCUGCUCUUUCACUGAGCCACUGAGGGAUUGAAUAAAGCUGCAGAGGCAGCUAGGUACCGUAUUAGAAGCACAGAAGGGUUUGCAGGAUAAUAAGGAAGGCUGAAAGGUGCCGUAUCGAGAGCAACACAGCAGGGAUGAUGAAAGGAAAGGACAAGCGCGGAGAGAUGCGCAAAUUUGGUGGUGAAAGGAGGGGAUGAUGGCUAGCACGCAGUAGUCUAAAAUGGUGGGGCGAGAGGUUGUGUGCCGAUGUAGGUGCGGGCUGCUCUUGUGUGCGAGCAUGCCUCUGGUACGUGAUGUUUGCAGGCGGCGUUGCUAGCUUUGAUUAAUUUUGUUUCCUCGUUUCCUCGGAAGUUGAAGUACAUACUUGCCAGGGCAGAGAGCGCUUUGAGUGAGCGGUGGUGUGAUUGUUUGCAGAGGGUGAGAGCGAGUGGAGACAGGGCGUGAAUGCCAGCGUGAAUUCUUUUGCCGGUCACUUUGUGUGAUCAGGAGCGGUGCAGGAGUGGUGUCGUGCGUACCGUAGCGGCUGGCCCCGCCGCAAUCAGUUGAGCUGGCGAUAGGUGGGUCGUGUGCGGGGCGCUAGGACCGCUAGGACUUAGGAGGCGCUGAGAGGGCGUGUGUAUCAGGGGCACCUACCCCUACCCCUGGUGUGCAUGUGGAUACAAUAACAUUGCAUUGCUUAUAACAGGGACCUGCUGACGGGGCUCACGAGCGAAAUCUGCUCACGCGCACGUGGAUAUUCUGGUGGCAUCAGGUGGCAUGUUACCGCUUGCCUACUGGUGGUGUUAUGUGCGUGUGUUGCCUGCCUGCUGCAGUGCCGCAGUGCCGCUGGCGCGUAAAGCGACUUGUGCACAAGGGAGCUGUAAUCAGGACGUCAAGCAGCAAAGCCAUGCCGCGCCCCCCCAAUAACAUAUCUCAUGCGCCAUGUGGGCUGCAGCAUUUGAUGCGAUGGGAGUCAUGGGACAGGGCAAGGGGCAGGUGUGGAGCGCAUUCCCAGGCCCCAGCGAUCUAUUUGCAGCACGUGGUAUGUUAACGGCAUGUUUUACUUGAGUGUGAAGCGUACACGUGUGUCAGAUCAACGUACGGUAUCAACUCUGAGUCAAUGAAGCAGGUUAUGCAAGGUGCUGACCAAUUUAAGUUGGCUUGCUGCGUACGUGAUAUUUGGUCUAAGCGCUGUCUUUUGCACCACGACGGUGCACACGGUGUGCAAGACGCAACUAACAAUCCAGUUCCAGGAGACGAGGGGCCCUUGCGGCUCGGUUAGUCUCGUUGCAGGUAUUAGGAAUGCACACUUCCAAUCCUGUAACACACACACACG